GAAUAUUGGAGACUUGCGUGAGUUUGGAAAUUUUUUUUACAUACAUCAUAAGUGAAAGAUAGAAAGCGACUGAAAUUAAGAUUGAAAAGUGAAACUGAGAGUAAAACACAUUUGAGCCUGAACGAUAAGACUGCCAAAUCCGGUUAGACUCCCCCAGACCAACUUUGAAGUCUCCACUGCGGCUCAAAAAAAAAAAGUCUAGAUUCCAAUCAAUCCAACAUCAUCACCAUCUCCAAACCAUACAAUCAAUCAACACAUAUCCCCCACAAUGGCCCCCAUAACCCUCAACCAAGUCGACACCGACCUAAAAGAAAUAAUCCACCACCUUUUCGAAAUCCAAUCCGCAGUCCACGGCUACCUCGGCCCAGAAACCCAGCAAGAACUCGUCCGGAAAAUAAAAAACCUAACCCUCUCCCUAAAAACCCUCUCAACACACACCGCCAACCCGCCCGAAGACAGUAACCCCAACCCCCAAGACCCAAGUCUGGGGAACAUCCAACUCCCGCCUGAGAUUAUUGAUUAUGUGGAUGCGGCUAGGAACCCGGAUAUCUAUACGCGGGAGUUUGUGGAGCUUGUGCAGAGGGGGAAUCAGGAUUUGAAAGGGAAGAGGGAGGCGUUUGGGGCGUUUAGGGAUGUGCUUGCUAGGGAGAUGAGGAGUGCGUUGCCCGAGGUUAGGGGGGAGGUUAGUAGGGUUCUUGGUAGUUUGGGAGUUGAAGGGGGGGAGGGGGACGGGGGGAAGAGGGAGUGAGUGGUUUGAUUUGGGUGCAUUAUGGUGUUUGGGGUUUUUGGUUGGGCUUGUUAUUUCAAAUGGAUGGAUGGAUGGAUGGAUGGUUGAGGAGGAAGAGAUGCGGAAUUUACGGGAUCUAUGUGCUUAUGCUUGGCUGGUGUGUGUGUAUAUCUGUACAUUUGGCUUGA